GCCUUGCCUGUGCCCAUGGGUGACAUACUGAUCCAAUACACUAAGCUGUUUAUCAACAACGAGUGGCAUGAGUCCUGUAGUGGAAGAAAAAUUCCUGUGCAUAAUCCCGCUACCGGGGAGUUACUGUGUGAGGUAGAGGAGGCUGAUGCAGUAAACGUGGACAAGGCAGUGAAGAGUGCAAGGGCAGCCUUCCAAAUGGGUUCACAGUGGCGACGCAUGGAUGCUUCGGCACGCGGUCACCUGCUCAACAGACUGGCCGACUUAGUGGAGAGAGACCAGCUGGUACUGGCGACACUAGAGGCGCUGGACUCCGGGAAGGUGUUUCUCAUGGCAUUCUUUGUAGAUCUGAUGGCAACGAUCAAAACUUUGAGGUACUAUGGUGGUUGGGCAGACAAAAUCCAUGGCAAAACCAUCCCCAUUGAUGGGGAUUAUUUCACUUACACACGACAUGAGCCCAUUGGAGUUUGUGGCCAGAUCAUUCCUUGGAAUUUCCCAGUAAUGAUGUUUGCUUGGAAAAUCGCUCCAGCUCUGUGUUGUGGAAACACUGUGGUCAUCAAACCUGCUGAACAGACUCCACUUACAGCCCUGCACAUGGCAGCACUCAUCAAAGAGGCUGGGUUUCCUCCAGGUGUGGUGAAUGUGGUGCCAGGUUAUGGUCAAACAGCAGGCUAUGCUAUAGCCCACCAUAUGGACAUCGAUAAAGUGGCCUUCACUGGAUCAACUGAGGUGGGAAAACUGAUUCAGAAGGCUGCAGGUGAUACCAACCUGAAAAGAGUCACACUAGAAUUGGGUGGCAAGAACCCCAAUAUUGUCUUUGCUGAUUGUGAUUUAGAGUAUGCAGUGGAGCAGGCCCACAGUGGUCUGUUCUUUAACCAGGGCCAGUGCUGUCUGGCUGGGUCCAGGGUGUUUGUGGAGGAACCCAUCUUUGAAGAAUUUGUCCGUCGCAGCGUAGAAAAGGCCUGCUCCAAGGUCCUGGGAAACCCCUUGCUUCCUGGAGUGGACCAGGGACCACAGAUUGACCAGAGGCAGUUUGACAAGAUUAUGGAGCUGAUUGAGAGUGGUAAGAAGGAGGGAGCAAGGCUGGAGUGUGGGGGGUUGGCUUGGGGUCAGCAGGGACUUUUCAUCCAGCCCACAGUCUUCUCGAAUGUCACAGAUGAUAUGCGCAUCGCCAAGGAAGAGAUUUUUGGUCCGGUGCAGCAGAUUAUGUGUUUCCACAGUGUGCAGGAAGUUAUCCAGAGAGCCAAUGCCACCCACUAUGGCUUGGCAGCAGGGGUCUUCACCAGUGACAUUGACAAGGCCCUCACAGUCUCUUCUGCACUCCAAGCUGGCAUGGUCUGGGUGAAUUGCUAUAAUGCUAUGAGUGCCCAGUGUCCUUUUGGUGGCUUCAAGAUGUCUGGGAAUGGAAGGGAACUGGGGGAGUACGCUCUUCAGGAGUACACUGAAGUCAAGGCUGUCACCAUUAAAAUCUCACAGAAGAACUCGUAA